AUGGCCAUGUCCGUCAGCACAUCCGAUAAAUCCGUGCCUUACUUCCCGCUCGCAGGGCAGGCCAAAGACGGGUUUUCCAACAACGAAGAAGCGACUGCGACGUGUUUCUGCGGCGCGGUGCAACUCGCUUUUCCGGUUGAGGGCCCCGUGGAUGAUUUCAAUCUCGUCGAGACGAAGUUGAAGCCGACGCGCGAGCUGUUUGUCAAGGACCGCGUGAGUUGGUUUGAAGGUGUCAAGGGGGAUGAGGUGAAAAGUUUUCAGGCUAUGUUGUGA